AAGCCACUGAACCUUUGGAGUUUGAUAUGAUGAUUAGAACAUAACCAGAGUGACACGUUGAAUUCGCCAUAAUCAAGGAACCUUUUUCCGGGUGGGAAUCUCUGAAAUUACUCAGUGAGCAACCCUAAUUAACCUGAUUUUUUGCUGAUAAUCACUCUCAAUGGAAUCAAAUCACAAAUCCGGGGAUGGAUUGAGCGGCACCCAGAAGGAAGCGGCCCUCCGCGCACUGGUCCAACGCACAGGAUAUAGCUUGGUCCAGGAAAAUGGACAGAGGAAAUAUGGGGGCCCUCCUCCUGGCUGGGAUGCUGCGCCCCCAGAAAGAGGCUGUGAGAUUUUUAUUGGAAAACUUCCCCGAGACCUUUUUGAGGAUGAACUUAUACCAUUAUGUGAAAAAAUUGGUAAAAUUUAUGAAAUGAGAAUGAUGAUGGAUUUUAAUGGCAACAAUAGAGGAUAUGCAUUUGUAACAUUCUCAAAUAAACAAGAAGCCAAGAAUGCAAUCAAGCAACUUAAUAAUUAUGAAAUUAGAAAUGGGCGUCUCUUGGGGGUCUGUGCCAGCGUCGACAACUGCCGAUUGUUUGUCGGGGGAAUCCCCAAAACCAAAAAGAGAGAAGAAAUCCUAGCAGAGAUGAAAAAGGUCACUGAAGGAGUUGUGGACGUCAUUGUCUACCCCAGUGCUGCAGACAAGACCAAAAAUCGGGGCUUCGCCUUUGUGGAGUAUGAGAGUCACAGGGCCGCCGCCAUGGCAAGGAGAAAGCUGCUGCCCGGAAGAAUUCAGUUAUGGGGACAUCCUAUCGCAGUAGACUGGGCCGAACCAGAAGUAGAAGUCGAUGAGGAUACAAUGUCUUCAGUGAAAAUCCUGUAUGUAAGAAAUCUUAUGCUGUCUACCUCUGAAGAAAUGAUUGAAAAAGAAUUCAACAAUAUUAAGCCAGGUGCUGUGGAAAGAGUGAAGAAAAUCCGAGACUAUGCUUUUGUACAUUUCAGCAACAGAGAAGAUGCAGUUGAAGCUAUGAAAGCUUUAAAUGGCAAGGUGCUGGAUGGUUCCCCCAUUGAAGUGACCCUAGCCAAGCCAGUAGACAAGGACAGUUAUGUGAGAUACACCCGAGGCACUGGUGGAAGGGGAACCAUGCUACAAGGAGAAUAUACAUACUCUUUGGGCCAUGUUUAUGAUCCUACCACAACCUACCUUGGAGCACCUGUCUUCUAUGCCCCCCAGGCCUACGCAGCAAUUCCCGGUCUUCAUUUUCCAGCCAACAAAGGCCACCUCAACAAUAGGACCAUAAUCCGAGCCCCUUCUGUCAGAGAAAUUUACAUGAAUGUACCUGUAGGGGCUGCGGGAGUGAGAGGACUGGGCGGCCGUGGUUAUUUGGCAUACACAGGCCUGGGGCGUGGAUACCAGGUCAAAGGAGACAAGAGAGAAGACAAACUCUAUGAUCUCUUACCUGGGAUGGAGCUCACUCCAAUGAAUCCUGUCACUUUAAAACCCCAAGGAAUUAAACUUGCUCCCCAGAUAUUAGAAGAAAUUUGUCAGAAGAAUAACUGGGGACAGCCAGUGUACCAGCUGCAUUCUGCCCUUGGACAAGACCAGAGACAACUGUUCUUAUACAAAGUCACCAUUCCAGCCCUGGCUAGCCAGAAUCCUGCAAUCUACCCUUUCAUACCUCCAAAGCUAAGCGCCUAUGUGGAUGAAGCAAAGACUUAUGCAGCAGAAUACACUUUGCAAACCCUCGGUAUCCCGGCUGAUGGAGGGGACCCUGGGACUGCAGCUGCAGCUGCCACUUCUGCUACGGUUUUCCCAGGAUAUGCUGUUCCCAAUGCAACUGCACCCAUGUCCACGGCCCAACUCAAGCAAGCAGUGACCCUGGGACAAGACCUCUCAGCUUACACAACGUAUGAGGUCUACCCGACAUUUGCAGUGACUGCCCGGGGGGAUGGAUAUGGAGCCUUCUGAAGAUAUCUUUCUUUUACUUUAACAGUAAGACACACAGCACUAUGUAUAGAAGAAAUAAACCUCAAACUCAGUGCCCUAA